AUGGCCGACGCCUGCAAGAUCUGGCAGGGCGACCAGGUCCUGGCCACCGCGCCCUGCCACGGCGACUCAGUCUACACCCUGACGGGCCGGGCCGAGCAGGCCCACGUGGCGCGCGUCUCCAAGGAGAGCCCCCAACUCUGGCACCAGCGCUUCGGCCACCUGGGCUACGACAACCUGGCGCGCCUUCAGACCAAGGACAUGUUGACGGGAGGUAUUUACAAAGGCAGCAAGAGUAGUAAAUUCGCACUAGAGGCGGCGUUAAAUAGAUAUGGGGUGGAGGAGCAUAUUCCCGGCAUAUACUUGGGAUAUUCCUGA